UGGGACGAUGCAGGUCCUCCCGUGUUUGUCAACAGUGCGAAAAUUCUAGUGGCCGUUAAUAACCGAAAUAGCCCAUGGAAGUGAAGCCGACGAAGAUGUCGCGGCUCUUCCUCACGUCCGCCGUGGAGUCGAAAGACGAGUUAGAGGAGAAACUCGAGCGCAGCUACCAGUUCCUCCAGAGUAUCACGGGCGGAUUGAGUGAUAAGGACGCGUACGAGGCCCUCAACAAGGCGCUGCUGAAGGAGAAAGGAUACGAGGAGGUGUCCCUCGGGCUACUAGUGACCAUCCUCACCGAGCCCCACAAUGCCGCCCGGGGCUACCGCGACCUCACCCUCAUCUCGAACGACGGCCUCGGUCUCGUCCUCACCUCCCUCUCUCAGCUCGUCCUCGACCGCUACCUCCGCUUCACCGACGUGGUCAAGGGCCAGGUGGUGUGGCUGCUGCGCGAGAUGAUCAAGAACGCCGUCAACAACGUGGAGAACCUCUGCUGGAACCUGAUGCGGCACGCCGCAGGCGGCGACGUCUCCGCCAAGAACAUUACGCUUAUCGAGUCCCUCCUCGACGUCCUCACGGAGUACAGGAGCUGGCUCGACAAAUUCCCCCUGCUGAUCGCUUCCGUGGUUUACACCUACUUACGACUAAUCGAGGAUCACAAUGCGCCUUACUUAGCUAACUUAAGACAGAAAGAAGUUACUUUUUUAAUUAGUUUAAUUAGGGAACGGUUCAAUGACUGUAUCGCGAUCGGGCGGGACUUAGUGCGGCUGUUGCAAAACGUCGCGAGAAUCCCGGAGUUCGAGCAGCUGUGGAGGGACAUCCUGACGGCGCCGAGGACGCUGAGUCCGACGUUCACGGGGGUGCUGCAGCUGCUGCAGGCGAGGACGUCGAGGAGGUAUCUGCAGUCGAGGCUGACGCCGGAGAUGGAAAGAAAACUCGUCUUCUUUACCUCACAGGUGCGUUUCGGCAACCACAAGCGCUACCAAGACUGGUUCCAACGUCAAUACUUAGCCACCCCCGAAUCCCAAAGCUUACGUUGCGACAUAAUCCGCUUCAUCGUCGGCGUAAUCCACCCGACCAACGAACUCCUCUGCUCCGACAUAAUCCCCCGCUGGGCCGUCAUCGGCUGGCUUCUCACCACGUGCACCUCCAGCGUCGCCGUCUCCAACGCCAAACUCGCCCUCUUCUACGACUGGCUCUUCUUCGACAGCGAAAAGGACAACAUCAUGAACAUCGAACCGGCCAUCCUCGUCAUGCACCACUCCAUGCGCUCGCACCCCGCCGUCUCGGCGACCCUCCUCGACUUCCUCUGCCGCAUCAUCCCCAACUUCCACCAGCCGCUCACCGACAAGGUGCGCACCGGCAUCUUCUCGUCGCUGCGCAAGAUCCUCGAGAAGCGCGUCGUACCGUCGCUGGUGCCGCUCUUCGACAACGCCAAACUGGACCCGGAGCUGCGCAACAUGGUGCGGGAGACGUUCCGGGAGUUCUGCAACGCGGGCGCGCCGGAGUCGUCGUCGCGGCUGGAGGAGGCGCACUCGGCGCGGUUCGACGACGGCGAGGCCGACCACAGGAUCAACAACGCCGUGAACAACCACGUGCUGGACAACGAGCCGGCGUUCAGCGACGACGAGGAGGAGCAGCCGUUGACGAUCAGCGCGUUGGAGGAGGAUUCGGACGAGGACGACGACGAUAUUCCGCUGUCGAAGGUGCGGCUGAAGGAGAAGACGCAGGAUAAGCUGGACGAGAGCGUGGAGGGUCCGAUCGGGGACUUGUUGGUGAAGCUCCACCAGGAGAAGGACGCGGAACGGCGCUGCGGCUUGAUGGAGGAUAUCAUCCAGAACUUGGUGACGUUCGAGGGGGAUGACGAGGAGGCGCUGCCGGUGAUCGCGAAGACGCUGUGCCACUACAUCCAGGAGGACUUCGGGGAGGACUUUUUCCCGGAGUCGCUCAGCGAGGGGAAGCUGUUGGAGAGCAUCAAGUCGCCGCUGUUCGUGCUCUUCCAGACGCUGCACAACUUCUCCAAACAGGACGAGGAGGGCAAGGAGGUGCUGUAUAAACUCACGGCGGAGAUGCGCAACUUCCGGGACAGUGUGGGCUAUCUCCUUCUGUAUUUUCUGAAAGUGCAGAGCCGGACAGAGAACAAACGCGAGGACCAGACGAAGGCGAGCGCGCUGAAAGUGAGUGUGUACAAGGAGUAUUGUCAAUACAGUGAUAAAAAAAUCGACGCGAGUUUACUAGACGAUUUAGUCGCAUGCCACGUCAGUGAUACGAAAUUGAUGAUGUGGAUAGUGCCUGAUUUGUUUAGGGAUUUCAAGCAUCAGACUGUUAAUAACGCUCAAAUAAUACGGGUGAUAAUUUCAGCAAUAGACUCCAGACAGUUGCAAACGCUUGUCGGUAAAGUGCUGCAAGGACAUUUAGUGAUGUUCAAGAGCGAAAACAUCCUCCCCCUCCUCAAACUCACCCUCUCCUGGGAGAGCAUCGAGCAGUUCUUCUUCUGGCAACUCAUCCACGCCCAUGACAUCUCCAUCGACACGGUCCUCCCCCUGGUCACCCAACUCGACUACGAACAACACUCGGAAGCCCUCACGGCGGUCACCCUCAUGCUGAAACAAGAGAAACCGAACGCCGACUACGUCAAGUACUUGUUCUCGAGGGACAUCAGCGACAACGGCGACUUGUUCGUCUUCACGAUAGUCAAGUACUGGUGCGACGAGUACAUCGACAAGGUCGCCGAGCUGAUCUCGUCGCUCCUGAGCACGAGGUACCCGUCGAGCUCGCCGAACAAGCGGAAAAGGACGGGCGGGAAGACGCUGAGCGCGACGGUGCCGAGCUCGGACCAGGUGCUGGGGCACCUGGAGCAGCUGAGGAUCAUCUGCGAGAGGCACGACUGCAUGGCCAUCUACACGCUCGACUCGAUGCAGAGGGCGCUGAACAUCGCGAUGAACAACAGCACCGACGGGCAGAAGAAGCAGUUCGGCCAGCUGUUCGCGCUGCUGGAGGAGGAGGAGGAGGUGAGCGCGACGAAGAGCCGCUCGCAGGGGAGAGGGAGGAAGCCGGUGAACAAGGGGAGCGCGACGACGACGACGACGAGUACGAGCAACAAGAGGGCUGCGGUGAGGGAUAUAUGCGACUCGUCGGAGGAGAGCAGCGAGGAGGAAGAAAUUGUGAAGCCAAAGCAGCCUAAGAAACGAAAAAAAGUAAUGUCUGAUAGUGAUUGACGGAACCAAGUGGUAGCAGUGGAUUCGUCGUGUGUGAAGCACAGCGGAAUUAAAGAACGUCAUAUCAGAAGCAAGCUUGUGAUCAUUACCGUUAUUCAGAUACACGUACUAUGGUGAAGAAGAAGAAGUUUGUUAACAAUAACAGAAGAUUAAAUAAAGUGAAUACACUGCCUGUAGAAAGAUUAAGACAAUUAUCGCUGUCUUGAAACAUUGUUGAGUACCUUAAAUAUUGUCAUUUAAAACGUUGUUAAUAAUUAUUGUAUUAUUUUUA